AGAUCCACGAGUCCCGUACCAGCAGCUCCCAGGUGUCGCGGGGCGUCCAAGCACGCGUUAUCGCGAAUCGCCAAUUCUUGCUUUUCGUUUCCGCUCGUCGCAGGUCGUGCUUUAAACUGUUAUUGGGAACUAUUUUCUGUUAUCCGGGACCGGAUAUAAGUCGCUAGCGAUGCGCGGUAGGAGCGACAGCAGCGAUUCGGACAGCGAGGAGCGCCGCGGGAGGAGGCGGGGACGCAAAGAGCGGAACGAUAGCCCCGAUUCUACCGAUGGGGAUUCCAACGGGAGUGACGAGGACGCGCGGAAGGUAGGCCGCGGAAGGGGGAAAGCGCGGGACGCGCGGGGCGUGCGGGGAGACGGGCGGAAGGAUGAGCGGAAGGGCCGCGGAGAGGCGGAGAGUCCGCCGGAGGACGACGGGGAAAGGCGGGGAGGGGGGAGUGGAGUUGGGGUAGCGGGAAUUGCGCGCGGCAGGGGGAGGCACGAUUCCGACGAUGAGAGCGAGGAGGAGAGGGGCGGUAGCCGUGACGAUAAGGGGGGCGGAAGGGACGGCCAGAAGGGGUUAGAGGGGGAGAAGCCCAAGGAGGGUGAGCCGGGGGAAACGAAGAAGAGCUCAGGCGGGCCAAGGGGAGAGAGAGAGCGUGAGGUCGAGGAGGAGGAGGAGGAGGGUGGUGAGCGGUGGGAGAUAGGGGGGGAGAGGGAGGGGGCGCGGGUUAGGCGGAAAGAAAAGCGUGGGGAGGAUGGGAGGCGCGAGGGGCGCGAGGGGCGCGCGGGGAGUGAGGAACGGGAGGAGAGGGAGAAGGGUGAGAGGAGGAGGGAGAGUGAGAAAGGUAGGGGGGGGGGAGAUAAAGAGAGGGCGAGGGAGGAUCCGAGUGAGCGGGAGCGAGAUGGAGGGAGGCACGGGGAGAGAGAGAGGGGAAGGGGAAGGGAGGGCGAGGGGAGGAGGGAGAGAGAGGAGGAUAGCGGCAGGGACAGGCGAAGGGAGAGGGACAGGGACAGGGAGAGAGAGAGGGAGAGGGAGCGAGACAGCAGGAGGGGAAGGGGCAGGUCGGGGCGGCACAGGCGGGGAGAUUCUGAGUCGGAUGGGAGUGACAGCAGCAGUGAGCGGGAGAGGGAUCGGGGGAGGGGGCGGGGAAGGGGGGACAGGCACGGGAGGCGUGAGGACGGAAGGCGAGAGAGAGGGAGGGGCGAGUGGGAGGGAGAGGAGAGGCGAGGCGAGGGCAGGGAGGGGCGAGGGGGACCUUCGCGUGCAGCCCACGCUGCUGCUGAUGGUGCCACCGCCGCCACCACCACCGCUGCUGCCACUGCCAGCGGAGCAGCAGGCUCAGGGGCGAAAGCCCCCACAGCAGGUCCGGCAGCAGGUCCGGCAUCAGGUUCGGCAGCAGCAGGAGCAGCAGGAAAAGAAUUGGGGCGCACAGGGGGAGCAUACAUUCCGCCGUUCAAGCUGGCGCGCAUGCUGAAAGAAGUGAGCGACAGGAGCAGCGCGGAGUACCAGCGCCUCACGUGGGACGCGCUGCGCAAGUCCAUCAACGGGCUGGUCAACAAGGUCAACGCCAGCAACAUCAAGAACAUCAUCCCCGAGCUCUUCGCCGAGAACCUCGUGCGCGGCCGCGGGCUGUUCUGCCGCGCGUGCAUCAAGUCGCAGAUGGCGAGUCCGACCUUCACGCACGUGUUUGCGGCGCUGGUGGCCGUGGUGAACACCAAGUUCCCCGAGCUGGGGGAACUGCUGCUCAAGAGGAUCAUUCUCCAGUUCAGGAGGGCGUUCCGCAGGAAUGACAAGCCUGUGCUGCUGGCCGCCUGUCGCUUUCUAGCCCAUCUGGUGAACCAGCAGGUGGCGCACGAGAUAGUGGCGCUGGAGCUGCUCACGCUGUUGCUGGAGACUCCCACCGAUGACAGCGUCGAGGUGGCAGUGAGCUUCGUCAAGGAGUGUGGAGCCGUGCUGCAGGAUCUCUCUCCCCAGGGCCUGCACAGCAUAUUCGAGCGCUUCCGCGGCAUUCUGCACGAGGGCGAAAUCGAUAAGCGCGUGCAAUUCACCAUCGAGGGGCUCUUCGCCAUCCGCAAGGCCAAGUUCGAGGGCUUCCCAGCGGUGCUGCCGGAGCUCGACCUAGUGGAGGAGGAGGAUCAGAUCACCCACGAGCUGUCGCUGGAGGAGCCCUACGACGCUGAAACGGCACUGGACGUGUUUAAGGUGGACCCCGACUAUCUGGCCAACGAGCAGCGCUACAAGGAGAUCAAAGCCGAGAUCCUGGGAGACGAGGAGGAGUCAGAGGGGGAGAAGGGAGAGGGAGGGGGCGAUGAGGACGAUGAGGAGGAGGAGGAGGAGGAGAGCAGUGAGGAGGAGGACGAGGAGGAGCGUGCGGCGCAGCAGGAGAUCCAGGACCAGACGGAGACGAACCUGGUGAACCUGCGGCGCACCAUCUACCUCACCAUCAUGGCGUCCGUCAACUUCGAGGAGGCGGGGCACAAGCUGAUGAAAGUCAACCUCCAGCCGGGCCAGGAGAUGGAGUUGUGUGAGAUGCUGCUGGCGUGCUGCUCCCAGGAGCGCACCUACCUGCGCUACUACGGGCUGCUGGGUCAGCGAUUCUGCAUGCUCAAUCGUGCCUACCAAGAGUGCUUCGAGCAGUGCUUCGUGAAGCAGUACAGCAUGAUCCACCGCCUCGAGACCAACAAGCUGCGCAACGUGGCCAAGCUCUUUGCGCACUUUCUCGCCACGGACGCCAUGCCGUGGGCGCUGCUGUCGUACAUCAGACUUACAGAGGAGGACACAUCCUCAUCGUCUCGCAUCUUCAUCAAGAUCAUGUUCCAGGAGAUGUCGGAGCAGCUGGGGCUGCGCAAGAUGAAUGAGAGGCUCAGCGACCCGACCAUGGGAGCUGCAUUCGAUGGGAUAUUCCCGAAAGAUACACCCAAGAACACGCGCUUCGCUAUAAACUUCUUCACUUCUAUCGGUCUGGGAGGGCUGACGGACAACCUGAGGGAACACCUGAAGAACAUGCCAAAGCUGAUCAUGCAGCAGCAGAAGCCUGUCCAGGUGUCUGAGAGCGAGAGCGAGAGCGAGAGUGAGAGUGAUAGUGACAGUGAGAGUGAGAGCGGGAGUGAUAGUGGAUCGGACAGUGGGAGCGACAGCGAGAGCGAGAGCAGCGACAGCGAGAGCAGUGAGAGCGAGGACAGCCGAGACAGGAAAAGGAGGCGGAAGAAGUGAGCUUUGAGGUGCUUCUGGCUGGAGCCUAUGAAACGUGGUGUGUGGAUGAGUAGUAUGGUACUCUGGCCGGUUGAAACUUGAAAGGUGCUAGUCAUUUAAUUGCUGGCUUGAUAUAAUGAUGGCUUCUACUUUCACAUUAUCAAGCUUGUGUUGCUUGAAUUGUACUCUUCACAUGUAUUUGUUGAUAUUUUACGUUACGUAGUAC